AUGACGAAAAAAGCCAACUCGGACGAAGACCGCCGCCAGGACUUGAUCCACAAACUCCGCUUGAAGGCGGCACAGCUCGGCCCCAACGAGUAUGGCGUUACACCCGAAGACCUGUCCCGCAUCUGCAAUUUCGACAACCGUUCCAGUCCCUCGCUUUUGCAGAUGUAUAACAACGAGUUCGGCGGGAUUGAGGGGUUGGCCGUUUUGUUGAAGGUGGAUCUCGAGAAGGGGCUUGAGCGGGUAGAUGAAGGCGUUGAUGUCGAUACUCAUGGAAAGAAAGAAACGAAGAAAUCGAGGAAACAGCAGGUCGCGCCGGAAAUGGGCGACGAUGGGGUCCCGCUUCCUAUGAAACGCAAUAUGACCGCCGUAGAAAACGAGUCUCGCCAGGCGGCGUUUGGAACAAACGUCAUCCCACCUCCGCGAUCAGACACUAUUCUUGAGAUGGUUUGGGAAACCAUCAAAGAAGACCCCAUCAUCAAAGUCCUGAUCAUCGGCGCGGCUGUUGUAUUGGCACUCGGAACGGCGAUCUGCCCGUCGGAAGGAUACAUCGAGGGUCUGGCUAUUUUGGUCGCGGUCGUCAUUGUCCUUUCCGUGACGGCCGGAAACGACUGGUCCAAGGACCGCAAAUUCAAGAAAUUACUCUUGCUGCAAUCCGACAAGCGGUGCAAAGUUAUUCGCGGUGGGGUCAAGGACCAGGUUUCGAGUUGGGAUCUUAUCGUUGGGGAUCUGGUGGAGGUAGUUGUGGGCGACGAAAUCCCCGCCGACGGCCUGUUUGUGAACGGCAACAGAUUGGUUGUCGAUGAGUCGCCGUUGACUGGAGAAUCCAUUCCCGUCAAGAAAAACCCUUCAUCGCCAUACAUGUUCUCAGGAUGUCAAGUAAGCGAAGGCUCCGGAGUGAUGCUCGUAACAGGAGUCGGCACACGAUCCAGUGGCGGACAAAUCCAAGAACUACUGAACGAGGCUCAAAACGAAGAAACAGUACUGCAAGCAAAACUCCACCAGGUCGCCGUUCUGAUCGGCAAAGUCGGUGUCGCGAGCGGUAUCCUGACCUUCCUUGCACUUUUGGUCCGGUGGGCGAUCGCAUGGGGACGCCAUGAAGCCAGUGGGUCGGGGUCCUCGUGUUCUGGCUCAUCCGACUCGGAGACGCUCGGCCGGAUCCAGGCCAUCGCCGAAGAUUUCGUGAUCGGUAUUACCGUCGUCGUAGUUGCCGUUCCCGAAGGUUUGCCCCUCGCCGUUACGAUUUCGUUGGCGUUCUCCAUGUUCAAAAUGAUCAAAGACAACUGUUUCGUCCGACAUCUCGAUGCGUCCGAGACAAUGGGCGAGGCUACCUGUAUUUGCACGGACAAGACGGGAACCCUGACUGAGAACCGCAUGACGGUUGUUAAGGCCUUGGUUGGAGAUCAGAUUCAUUAUGGGGAAGGAUCGGGAGAGGACGCUACGAAAGUGCACCCGUUUUCGCCAACGACGCUGCAACCGCAUGUUAGGGAUAUCUUUACCGAGGGAAUCUGCGUGAACUCGAACUGUUUUGUGAAGAUGACGGAUAAAGGACAGCCGCUCUUUGUCGGAUCGGCAACCGAGGGCGCUUUACUGGUGUUUUCGGAGAAGUUGGGAGUUCAUUACGAUUUCGUGCGCAAGCAGGUCGCUAAAGUAGAGAACGGGACAUGGUCGUUCUCGUCGGACAGGAAACGUAUGUCUACAUUGGUCCAACCUAUGUACAGGCUUUACACCAAAGGCGCGUCUGAAAUCGUCCUUUCGCUCUGCACGCACAUCAUCGACGCCCAGGGAACAAAAGCCUCACGCAUCUCCGCCGACGACAUUUCCCGAAUCCAACGCACGAUCAAGCGAUGGGCCUCGCAGGGUCUACGUACACUCGCGCUUUCUUACCGCGACACCGAUAAGGAGCUGAUGACGUUUGAGAGCUCGAGCCGCAAAGACGACCCGGAACAUGAUCUCGUUUUCAUCGGGCUGGUCGGGAUCAAGGACCCGUUGCGGAAGGAAGUUCCUGGCGCGGUCGCAAUUUGCCAACGCGCCGGGCUGACCAUUCGUAUGGUUACUGGAGACAAUAUCUUGACUGCCUGCAAGAUCGCCCGGGAGUCGAACAUUAUGUUUGGGGAGGGUAUCGCGCUCGAAGGGCCGGUGUUCCGCGCCAUGUCGUUGGAGGAGAAGAUGGCGAUUAUCCCGCGGCUGCAGGUUCUUGCGCGGUCCUCGCCGUCCGACAAACACACUUUGGUCAACCUACUGAAGCGCAUGGGCGAAGUCGUCGCUGUGACGGGAGACGGCACGAACGACGCGCCUGCACUCAAGGAAGCCGACGUCGGGUUCGCGAUGGGAAUCAGCGGGACGCAAAUCGCCAUGAACGCGUCGGAUAUCGUUUUGCUCGACGACAAUUUUGUCUCGCUGGUGCAGUCGAUCCGGUGGGGCCGGAACGUGCUCAACUGCGUGCGCAAAUUCCUGCAGUUCCAGCUCGGUGUCAAUCUCGUUGCGAUUAUCCUGACCUUUGUGGGUUCGUUGACCCAGGGGUCGUCGCCGCUAAGCACCGUGCAGUUGCUGUGGGUUAACCUGAUCAUGGACUCGCUGGGUGCGCUCGCUUUGGCUUCCGACGAGCCUGAGGAUGACAUCUUGGACCACCCUCCGCAUGCCCGUACCGCUUCGCUUUUGUCUCGGCCUAUGCGACAGUAUAUCGUCAUCCAGGUGCUGUUCCAGAUCAUCGUUCUCCUCUUACUUUUCCUCGGCGGGGCAGACCACUGGGUCCCAUACGAUGAAAGCUUCUACCACCCGGCCGACGUCACCGGUGACCCAAGUCGCCGCGCCUCGACAAUGGUCUUCCUCGUCUUUAUCCUCAUGCAACUUUCCAACAUCGUCAUGGCCCGCCAACUCAACGGCGAACUCAACGUCUUCAAGGACUUCUUCCGCAACAAACUCUUUAUCCUCAUCAUAACCGUCAUCCUCGCCGUGCAGGUCCUCGUCAUCUUCGUAGCAGGCAGUUUCGUCCGCACCUGCCGACUCAACUGGCCUGACUGGGUCGUAUGUAUUAUCCUAGCGCUGUGCAAUUUCCCAUUCACGAUGUUCCUCCGCGCCAUGUGCAAUUUCCACGAGAACAACCGCGGGAAGGCCAAAUGGCACUGGUCGUUCGUCGCACACGACGUGAACCGACACAAGAAGGUCGCUUCGACGACGUUGGCGCCCGCGCCGCAAGCAACGGUCGACAUCGAUGGCUCGAGCGACUCGGUCACUGAAGCCGAGGCCCGGCCCGUCGCUAAAGGGCCUGCCGGCACAACCACCGAGGCCAACCAGUCUCAAACCCAUGUGCCACACCAUCAACCGCAGCGUCGGGCAGGCACGCGAUGGCAGACGGUGCGUUCGGCGGUGGUGCUGAUGGGUGCAUUGGAGACCGUUCGGCACGAAGACUUCACCCCGCGUGGACCAGAUCCGGGGUUCCUGGAGCACUGGAUUAGGUUUAGGAAGGAUGUUGGGGCUGUUUUGCCGACUAAAGGGGCGGCGAUCGCGAGGAGCUCUGGAAGCUUGCACCAGAGAUGA